AUGGAAGCUUUAAAGCUUAAACGAAAAACAGUUAGAUCUGCAUUUACUAGAUUGUUUAAUCAUUUAGAUGAGUCAGCGAAAACGGAAGUAAACAUUGCAGAUGAUUUAGAUUGUUUGGCAACUUUCCAGCUGCUUGGCGAGAAAAAUAAUGAACUUUUGCAAUUAAAUGAAGAUAUUUUGAAUCGUUUGUUGAUGUCUGAAGAAAUAAAUGAAGACGAUAUUGAAAAGGAAUCUCGUUCAGCAGAUGAGUAUUCACUCAAUUUUAAAAGAAUGAGUUUAUUAGUGGAUCGAAAAACUAAUCCCGCUGUUAACGCUGAUACAUCAUCUUCAGUUGGCGGUGAAAAGCGGAAAUUCAAGCUGCCUCGUUUGGAACUGAAGAACUUUGGCGGGGAAAUUAAAGAUUGGCUGCCGUUUUGGGGACAGUUCAGAAAAAUUGAUGAAGACAACGAUAUCGAUGAAACCGACAAGUUUCAAUAUUUAGUCCAAGCAACUAUCCCGAAUUCCAGAGCGAGGGAAUUAGUUGAAAGUUUUCCCCCUACCUCCGGAAAUUAUUGCAAGGCGAUUGAUUGUCUGAAAUCUAGAUUCGGCAGAGAUGAUUUAUUGGUUGAAUAUUACGUUAGAGAAUUGUUAAAAUUGACACUCGCAUUUAAUCUAAAAGAGAAACAUGUUGAAUUAUCAACUGUUUAUGAUCGACUUGAAACCCAGCUCAGAUCAUUAGAAACUCUUGGAGUUACUACAGCAAAGUAUGCGGCCAUGUUGUUUCCCUUGGUUGAGUCUUGUUUAAGUGAAGAAGUUUUAAGAGCCUGGCGGAGAAAUGAUAGAGGAUUGGAUGGAAAAGAUGACACAAAAGAAUCUCGAUUGGAAAGUUUGAUGAAAUUUUUGAAGAACGAAGUUGAAAAUGAGGACAGGAUAGCUCUUGCUAUGGAAGGCUUCUCUUUGAAAGAAAAUAACAAAAAUAUAAAGAUUAAAAGAGACUUGCCGACAGCUGCGGGACUUUUUUCAGGAAACCAAAAAUCUGUUUUGAAGUGUGCAUUUUGUGACAAGAACAAUCAUGAAUCCAAAGAAUGUCAUGUUACUCGAAAUUUGGAUUUAAGUGAGAAAAUGAACCGAUUGAAGAAAAGAGGUUGCUGUUUCAGAUGUCUAAGUAACGGUCACGUGUCAAAGCUAUGCAGGGUCCAAGUGAAUUGUGGAAUUUGUGGUCAAAGACAUCAUGCUGUGAUGUGCCCUGAUAGAAAGACCGUUGAGUCUUCUAACUCUCAAGAAGCAACGGAAAGUUCAAUCAAUUUUGGACAGUUCAAUACAUUGGCCAAUCCCACAUGUUCUACAAGUGUGUUUCUACAAACCCUGGUAGUGGUUCUUCGGGGAGAAACACAGGAUUUUGCUGUGAGGGCCCUCAUAGACACUGGAAGUCAGAAAUCUUAUAUUACGAAAGGAGCUGCUAAGAAAAUGAAGUAUCCUGCAUUAAAAGAAACAACUCUUAUUCAUACUUUGUUUGGAGGGAUGCAAAAUCCUCAGAAACAUUCAGAAUACAAGAUUUUUGUAAGUGAUUUUAACAAAAAUUAUCAUUGUACUUUUAACGCAUUUGACCAAGAGAAAAUCUGUGCCGAAAUUUGUCAGAUACCAACCGGAUUUUGGUCAAAGGAACUAGAGGAUAAUGGAAUCCAUCUAACGGAUCAAGAAUGUUUACCAUCUUGUUCUUCAUCAACAAUCCAUUUGCUUAUUGGUGCUGACAUAGCAGGAAAAUUGAUGACUGGAAAAAUCCUCAAUUUAACUUGUGGAUUAACUGCCACUGAGACUUUGCUUGGUUGGACACUUAUGGGAAGAGCACCAAGCAGUUCAGACUCUAUAAGCAUGACAGUGACAAACUUACUUAUAAAAGAUUGUAAUAUAAGUGACUUAUGUAAGUUAGAAGCCAUUGGAAUUACUGAUCCUACUGAAUCGAAAAAGAAGACUGAAAUGCAUCAAGGUACUUCAGAUUAUUUUCGAAACACUCUGACGAUUGAUGAGGAAGGGAGGUACGAAGUCGCCUUACCUUGGGUGUUAGAAUCAUCCCGGCUCCCUGACAACAGACAAAUGGCCGAGAAACAACUUUCUUCUGUUUAUAAAAUACUUGUAGAAUCCGAGAGAGUUGGAGUGCCUGUAUUUAAAGAGAACAGCAUUACUAAGAAAGUGAGGCCAGUUUUAGAUGCAUCCGCACUUAUAAAGGGUACACCCUCACUGAAUGCCUACUUAGAAAGCGGUCCUAAUUUAAUUGAACUUGUUCCUUCCCUACUGAAUCGUCUCCGGAAAUUUCCUGCUGGAAUAGCAUCAGACAUUGAGAAGGCAUUUCUUCAGAUCGGAAUCAGAGAGAGGUACAAGGAUUAUCUGCGAUUUUUAUGGAAAACCAAAGACAAGGGAAUGAAAAUCUACAGACAUCGUAGAGUUGUGUUUGGUGUCACCUGCAGUCCAUCCCUUUUAGCGGUAACUUUGAACUGCCAUCUGGAAAAAGCACCUGAAGAGCUCUUGGAUACUGCGGAAAUUUUGAAGAAUUCAUUUUAUGUGGAUAAUUGUGUCUGCAGUUUGAAGAAUAUAGAUGAAGCAGAUAAAUUUAUAGCUGAAUCGCAAGCGUUGAUGUCUUUAGGAAAAUUCAAUCUACGAGGCUGGGAAUCAAAUGCUUCACUUGAAAUUAUCGAUCAACCCGACAAAUACCAAACUGUAUCCUUAUUGGGUCUAAACUGGGACCUAAAACAAGAUACUCUGUCUUGUAUCAUAAACUGUCCGAAAGAUGAAAAUCUGGUUCUUACUAAAAGAGGUCUGCUUUCUUUGGCUCAGAGUAUAUUUGACCCUUUGGGUAUAUCUUCUCCCGUAACCAUCAUUCCAAAGUUUAUGCUUCAAGAAUCCUGGAAUCUUGGACUGAAAUGGGAUGAUGCCUUGCCAGAAGGUCUAUCUAAACGAUUUUGGAGUUGGCUGAAGGGUAUAAAGAAUCUUUCAGAAGUCAAAAUACCUCGAUGGAUGAAACUGAGUCAACUUGAAGAAGAAACCGUCAGUCUUCAUGUCUUUUGUGAUGCAAGUGCUAAAGCGUAUGCCACUUGUAUUUUCCUAAGAGUAGAGGUUCGUGAUGAAGUGUUUGUUAGCUUUGUUCAGUCUCGAGCUAGAGUCUCGCCUUUAAAGAACUUAACGAUUCCACGUCUGGAACUGCUGGCGUGUUGUAUUGGUGCUAGACUGAGUGCAAGAAUUAUCGAAGACCUAAAAAUACCUAAUCUGAAGACAUUUUAUUGGAGCGAUUCAUCGACAGCACUCACCUGGAUAAAGAGAAAUGCGCCUUGGGGAACAUUUGUAUUUAACCGAGUCCAAGAAAUAUGCACCUUGACUAAUGUUGAAAGUUGGAGACAUAUUCCAGGCACAGAAAAUCCGGCCGACCUUCCCAGCAGAGGAUGUUCAGCGGAGCAAUUUCUUAAUUUUAAAUGGUGGGAGGGACCUAUGUGGCUUUAUGAAAAUGAAGAAAAUUGGCCGAGUAGCACAGAAGAAGCAGACGAAGAAUUGAUAAAUGCUGAGAAACGGAAGACCAUAUUGACGUUUCAUAACCAUGCCGAAAAACCAAAUGAUUGGCAUUACAAAUCAUUCUCGUCUCAUUUGAAGACUAUUCGAAUGAUUGCAUGGAUGUGCAGAUUCUGCAAUAAUGCCAGGAAAAGAGAUGUUUCGAAUUCCCCAACUCUUACUUGUUUUGAGAUAAAAGAAGCCGAACAUCUAUUUAUGCUGUUGAUCCAGAGAGAAGUUUUUGAUGGACCUUUAGAUCCAAGGUUGCACUCAUUAAAUGUCAUAGCGGACAGGAAUGGCUUACUGCGAGUUAAGACCCGCGCUAUUUACCGUCAAGAUACAGAAGACUUCAAGUACCCAGUGAUCCUGCCAGGGGAACAUCCAGCUGUAGGGAAUUUGAUCAUAAGACCGUGUGAAAAUGCAGGUGUAUUUGAGGUUACUGGAGUGGAUCUGGCUGGCCCAUUGUUUCUGAAAGACAGUACCAAAACAUGGGUCGCGCUCUUCACAUGCGCUGUAUAUCGAGCGAUCCACCUUGAACUUCUUUCCUCGCUGUCAACGGAAAAUUUCAUACUAGCGCUGAGACGUUUUAUUGCUCGACGUGGACGACCUUCAGUAAUAUACUCAGAUAAUGGAACAAAUUUUGUUGGAACAAGUAGACUAUUUCAUUGUAUUAACUGGCAACAAGUAGAAGAAGAAGGGAAAAAGAAGGAAAUUAUUUGGAAAUUUAUACCACCAUCAGCUCCAUGGUGGGGAGGAUGGUGGGAGCGCCUUAUUGCCCUAGUAAAAGACCUUCUGAAGAAAGUUCUAAGCCAAGCAUGCCUGAGUUACGAAGAAUUGAAUAUGAUUCUAUGCUAUUGCGAAGACAUCGUAAAUUCAAGACCCAUUACCUACGUUUCUGAACACUAUGAUUUGGAACCUAUAACACCAUCUUCAUUCCUCAGAAAACGUAGAGAAAAUGAAAUUCCAGAUCUUGACCACUUGGAACUAUCUCCUGAGUAUUUUCGCAAGCGGCGACUGUAUAGGUGUAAACUGCAAGAAGAUCUCAGAAAUCGAUUCCGACUGGAAUACUUGUGGCAGCUGAGGCAACAAACUAAGAAAAUGAUAAAAACCCACGAUUUCAAGGUGGGAGAAGUGGUUAUUGUCGAAGUAACCAAUCAAAAACGUUUGAAUUGGCCUCUGGGGAAAAUAACAGAAAUAUUCCCUGGUAAGGACGGUUCAGUUCGUCUUGUGAAAGUAAAAACAAAGAAAGGCGAACCAGAAGCGGCCGAAACGUCUCUGCCAAAUCUAAAUACCAUGAAAACCCGUUUCGGCCGAAAGAUUCAAGUUCCCAAUCGGCUGGACCUGUGA